CGCCCCGGCGCUGCGGAACUCUGCGGGGCUGCGCUCCUUUUGUCUGCCGGUGGAGCUGCGUGCUCGGCUCUGCCCCGGGACCGCGGCCGAGGGGAGAGGAGCCGCUGCUAACUGCAGGUGUGCCGGUCAAAUAAAAGCCCCUGGGUCUGUCUGACGUGUUCGAGUGUCCAUUGUGGAAGAUAUGUGAAUGGCCAUGCAAAAAAGCAUUAUGAAGAUGCACAGAUUCCUAUGACCAAUCAUAAGAAAACAGAAAAACAGGAGAAAGUUCAGCAUACUGUUUGUAUGGAUUGCAGUAGUUACAGUACAUACUGUUAUCGCUGUGAUGAUUUUGUAGUCAAUGAUACCAAGCUGGGCCUGGUACAGAAGGUCAGGGAGCACCUACAGAACUUGGAGAACAGUUCAGCCUUUACAUCAGACAGACAUAGGAAAAGAAAACUAUUGGAAAACUCAUCUCUGAACAGCAAGUUAUUGAAAGUAAAUGGAAGCACCACUACCCUUUGUGCCACAGGCCUUCGGAACUUGGGGAACACUUGUUUCAUGAACGCAAUCCUUCAGUCACUCAGUAACAUUCAGCAGUUUUGCUGUUACUUCAAAGAGUUGCCUGCAGUGGAGCUGAGGAAUGGGAAGACGGCAGGGAGACGAACUUACCACACCAGGAGCCAGGGAGAUAACAAUGUUUCACUUGUGGAAGAAUUCAGAAAGACACUCUGUGCUUUAUGGCAAGGAAACCAAACUGCAUUUAGUCCAGAGUCUUUAUUUUAUGUUGUUUGGAAAAUAAUGCCAAAUUUUAGGGGAUACCAGCAACAGGAUGCCCAUGAGUUCAUGCGUUACCUUUUGGACCAUCUACACCUGGAACUCCAGGGUGGCUUCAACGGUGUUCCACGUUCAGUAAUCUUGCAAGAAAAUUCUAACCUGUCUGCAAGCAACAAAUGUUGCAUAAAUGGAGCGUCUACUGUUGUCACUGCCAUUUUUGGAGGCAUUCUUCAAAAUGAAGUCAACUGCCUAAUAUGUGGGACUGAAUCUAGAAAGUUUGACCCAUUCCUAGACCUUUCGCUAGAUAUUCCAAGUCAGUUCAGAAAUAAACGUACUAAAAACCAAGAGAGUGGACCAAUGUGCACGCUACGAGAUUGUCUUCGCAGUUUUACAGACCUGGAAGAACUUGAUGAGACAGAGCUGUACAUGUGUCACAAAUGCAAAAAGAAACAGAAGUCCACCAAAAAAUUCUGGAUUCAGAAACUACCAAAGGUGCUAUGCUUACACUUGAAACGCUUUCACUGGACAGCUUAUCUGAGAAACAAGGUUGAUACGUAUGUUGAGUUUCCCUUGCGAGGCCUAGACAUGAAAUGCUACUUGUUAGAGCCUGAAAACAGUGGCCCAGAGAGCUGCCUGUAUGACCUUGUGGCUGUGGUUGUGCAUCAUGGCUCAGGUGUUGGCUCUGGCCACUACACAGCGUACGCAGCGCACGAGGGCCGCUGGUUCCACUUCAACGACAGUACUGUAACCCUGACUGACGAGGAGACUGUGGGCAAGGCCAAGGCCUACAUCCUCUUCUACGUGGAGCGCCAAGCUAAGCCUGGAGCAGAGAAACUUUAAUACCUCCUUUCCAUUCUUACUUAUCAAGUCCACUGGACAAACAUUUCCAUUUUUCCAUAAAUACUUGAUCCAAGACUUAUUAAUUUCAUUGUGCACUUUGCAAUUUCCUCUUGUGGGUUUUUGUUUUGUUGUGUCAAUGGUAGCAUUUGACUUACUGAACUUGGACACAAACUAACUUUUUUUUAGUUAUACCAGAAAACCUCAGCAGAUUUUGAUUUGCUGCUUUAGUUGUGAUAACUCAGUUUUUAUAUAUAUAGUUUCAUUAAAUAGUUAUUUGACUUUUUUAUAUUAAUGUUUUCAGUUCUCACUUUCUAAAGGCACAUUUACAUCAAAAAACCUGUCCUCCUUACAAGCAAGAUAAAUGUGCUUUUGAUCAUGAAGAGCAAUACAACGUCAUGCUGUUUUCAGUUCUGUUAUGUAGAUAUGAUUUAAUCUCUUUAAAUCAAGGAGUUGUUUUUGCACAUACUAUUCUCCCUCGUGCAAGAAACUUAAACAGUGACUCUGACCAAUCAUCCUUUGUCUGAAGAAGAGAGGUGAUGUGGCAUCAUUAAAUAGACCAGGUAAUUGCUGCUAUCUUGGUGUGUAUUCAGGCUGGUGACUUCCAGGAAUCAUUGUAAAUAAACACUUGGUUCGAUUCUAUCAGUACUGCAAUUUAAUUCAAGUACUGCUCAGAUACGCUCUGGCCCCUGCCCUCUGCUUUUUAGAAGAAAUUAAAAUUUAAAGAAAUUUAAAACAAUUAUCUUAAAAUUACCUGUCUAAACAACACUGAGUUUUAUGGUUUCUCAGGUGAACCUGAAUUGCAUUAGACAUCUCUUGGUUUAGACUGUCAUCCUUAAAUUUGAUCAUGAACACUUAGGUGCUUAAAAAAUGGGGAGAUUUCCUGGCAGUAGAAUCCCAAGUAGCACCCCUUUAGUUCCUGCUGGGAAUCUGAAGUACAGCCCCAAGGGCUGGGGUUUGUGAGAACAGGCAUAGGUCUAAAUGCAGCUCUGCUCCAUGGCUACAGUUCAGGUGGAAGCAGGAGGAGACAGAUGGUGUUGCAGGUGCUUUGCAUGGAAUUGUUCUGUCAGUUCAAAUGCAGACUCAAGGGAGGAUGCUCAGUCUCUCCCAGCAGAGCCCUCAGAGGGCAGGUGCUGAGCCAGGGAGGAGCAGGCUCAGGGAGCUCCUGUAGCAUUUACACACUGGCCCAGGUGGCAUUUUUGUUCAGUCUCUAGGUGAACGCUGGAGGCACGGUGCAUGGUACCUGGCUGUCAUGGAGAAAGACUAAUAUAGUAUAGUCCCAAACCAGUUUUAGCUCUACUGCUGAUAAGCUGCUGGAAGUCAGCUACUAUGAUGGGAAAGGCAGACAGGAAAACCAGUACUGAAAAAGCCAGGAAUCUGACAGAAAAACCUGAGAUUGGAGAAAUGUUGCAGUUCAGAUCUGUUCUACCCCUCUAUCCUUUCUAGCUGGCUCCCUUGUGCCAAACAAGGAGCUGGUACUCCUGAAAAGUACCACCAGCAGUUUGAGUCCCACCAAACAGCAGCUCUUAGUUCUGUUAACAGAAAAUGCAGUUGUCUGAAAACACACAAGAACUCCAGCUGAGUCCUAUUUUAGUUAAUGCUGCUGAAGGACACAGAAAAGGGGCUGGAGCGGAGCCCAGAGCAGUCUGGGGCACAGGGAGUGCACAGCCUUGCCUUGGGAUCCUGCUGGCUGUAACACACCAGGGGAAGGACAAAUCACAGUCAGGCACUUGAUACAGGGCCAUUCCUGAGAGCUUUGUCACAGCAUCUUAAACCAGGAAAGGGAGAAAUUGGCUUCAUCUGAAACUGCUGAAAUAGUUCAGCCUAACUUAAUGGGUUUUGAAUAUGUACACAGGUUAAGACUAUAGAGUAAUUUGAUAUAGUAACAUAUUUGUAAGGAUGUUAUCUUAAGUUGAACAGUAAAUAGAACUUGUCAUUGCUUUAAACUGUAGAUAGUUUGUCACCUUCCUUUCCUUACAGACAGAGCCUUUCUUCUAAUCAAUGCAAACAGGUUGCUGAUAGACAAGAAGAAAACAGGGCAGGUAAAGCAUUGUACCACAUUCCUGCCCUUCCUGCUGCUCACAGGGAGCUGCACAGAUGCCACCUCUAGCUGUGUUUUCUAUGCAUGCUGCUUGGACUGGAUUUCUUUAGAAUUUAUCUUUGAGAAUGCCAAGCUUAAAAUACACAACUCUCUCUGGGUCAGCAGCAGUUUAAUAACUUACAGUAGUCAGGUGUAUGCAGUGUUCUUGCAAAACAGUGAUGUAAAUGUGCCUUUCUGUAUUUUUAGAGAUUUAAAUUUGUAAUCUUCAGCAACAUUCACUUAUUUUAAUCAACUUCUACUUGUCAGCAAUUGUUUGGGUCAGAGUUCUGUUCUCACUUGAGCAUUUUCUUUCAGUUCCAUUUGCUGUGUCCCACGCAGCUCCUGGGCAGCGGUGUCUCCAGCAGGGCCAUGUGGGGCCAGCCUGGGAACAUGAAGCAAUCACAGCAGGCUGUCCUUGCAGCAGGUGCUGCUCAGGACUCAGCCAUAUGCUUUGCUGGAACAAGUACAUUGUAAAUCCUUUCCUAAUUUAACUCUCUCCCGCUGCAAACCCAGAUGGACAGUAUGAACAGUUUGUUGUGGCAACACAAGUAUUUCUCUUCCUGGUGGAGAACUUUGCUUAUCCACUGUAUUCUAUUCAGUGUGGUGUCAAAAAAAAAAAACAAAACAAAAAAACCCCUGAGCACUGAACCAAUAACAUAUACUGCACCUGGCCUAGUAUUACUUUUUUAACCUAGCUUGUAUAUCCUAUAUUUAUCUACUAGCUUGUGAGGGGGGGAAUAUCUCUUUCAUUUAAGCCAAAUGUUUCUUUUCUACUUACUGCUCAUCAUAGUACACACUAGCUGGCAAGAAUUUUUUUCUUGCUUCAGAUUGCUCUGCAAGCAGCAACUGCUCUCUACAGUUCAGAGACUUGCAUCUUUUUCACCAUAAUGUGUCCAAUCAAAGGUUGUCCUUUUGUUAGUUAUUGUUUAGCCACAUAUACAACUGGAGCCAAGAUUUAUGUCAAUCAAAACUGCAAAAUGUCCAGCUCCUAAAGGUCAGCAAGAGAGAAGAAUUGAAAAGCUUGAGACAGGCAGGGACAGUGGACUUGUAUCAAAAGCAGGAGGCCAUUUAUGAAGAUUUUACUAAAUCAAUGGGAAGUUCCCCAGCAAUGUUUCAUUACUGAUGUGUCUGUGUCUUACUGAUGAGGUAAUGGGCACCUUGACAGCUGAUUCCAACGUGCUUUAGGAUAUUCUCAAGUACUGUAGUGCCAUAGUUGUAAUUGUUUACCAUUAAAAUCUUGUGUGUAAUUUUCAGUGAGGAUUACUGACUGUGCUCAUCUUGUGUGUUUCUGGAGCAUUUCCAGGAUGAAUGUGAAUUAUAUCUGAUCACACAGUGUGUUUAUGGAAAAUGUGCCAUUAAAAAUGUCUCCUUUCCUUAGAAAA